AUGCACACAAGUGCUCUAGUGGCAAUCGAUGGUGGAAUCGAUAUGAUGUGCUGGCCCGACUUUGAUUCGCCAUCUGUUUUCUGUCGCAUGCUGGACAAGGACAAGGGCGGUCAUUUCAACAUCGGUCCUCCUUCUGGUCUCAAGAUCACGACCAAGCAACAAUAUCUGCCAAGCAACAACAUUCUCCAAACCAGAUAUCUGCACGACGAUGGCGUCUUGACACUUACGGAUUUCUUCCCUCGUCCACUCAGAAUGGACAAACUCGGCCCUUCGGUCGGACGUGGCGCUUCUACUGAUCCUCGCACCGGUCUCAAGAAGUGGCUGGUCCGAAGAGUUGAGUGUAUCAGAGGUGCCACGGAUGUCAACGUGGAGGUCUUCCCCGCUUUCAACUAUGCCCAGGACUCACACACCACUGAGAUCGUCAAGGCCGAAGACGAGGCACAGCGGGUUGUACACUUCCGCUCUGAGAAGUUGUCCUUGGAACUUGUGGCUACCAUCGAUUGUGGUGAUGAUGCUCCUUGCCCAGAGCUUUCAUUCUCUAAGAAACACGUUGAAGGCUGUUCUUUGGGCGAGGGCGUGACUGCGACAAUCAAUCUCAAAGAAGGUCAAUCCAUUUCUUUUGUGCUGAGAGAUCUUGAAGAGAAAAACAAGGAGUCAAUCUCUACCGCACUUCUUGACCAGAUCCAACAGGACACCUCCACUUACUGGUUCAAUUGGAUAUCUAAAUCGAAGUACAAGGGACGUUGGAGAGAAGUCGUCAGCAGAAGCUUGAUGAUCUUGAAGAUGCUCACAUAUGAGCCCACCGGAGCCAUUGUUGCGGCACCCACCUUCUCUUUGCCCGAGGACUUUGGUGGUGGUAGAAACUGGGAUUACAGGUUCUCUUGGGUCAGAGAUUCAUCUUUCACAAUCUAUAUCCUCUUACGUAUGGGCUUCACCGAAGAAGCAGAAGCCUACAUGAACUUCCUUAGCGACCGCCUAAUCGACUCUCGCAAACCCGACGGAGGACUUCCAAUCAUGUUCUCCAUCCGUGGCAGCACUGACCUUCCCGAGAUCGAACUCUCACACCUCUCCGGCUACCAAGACAGCAAACCCGUCCGCAUCGGCAACGGCGCAGCUUUCCAUAAACAACUAGACAUUUACGGAGAAAUGAUGGACAGUAUCUACUUGUACAACAAAUACGGCAAGCCAGUGAGUUACGACCUCUGGGUUGCGGUGAGAAAACUUACGGAUUACGUUUGUGGAAUCUGGCAAGAGACAGAUAUGUCGAUUUGGGAAGUCAGAUCUGCGCCAAUGAACUACACAUACUCAAAGAUGAUGUUGUGGGUAGCAAUUGAUCGCGCACUGAGAUUAGCUGAUAAACGCUGUUUCCCUUGUCCAAACAGGAUGAAGUGGCUGGAGACCCGCGACCAGAUCUACGACGAUGUCAUGGAAAAAGGAUACAACCACGACAUGAAGUGCUUCAUUCAAAGCUACGAAAGCAACGAUGUCUUGGAUUCUGCAGUCUUGAUCGCACCAUUGGUAUUCUUCAUCGCACCCAAUGAUCCUCGCUUCACCUCUACACUCGAGCAGAUCCUUCUCGCGCCAGAGAAAGGCGGUCUUACCUCCACAGGCCUGGUCUACCGCUACAACACUCUGAAAUCUGACGAUGGUGUCGGAGGUCGUGAAGGCGCAUUCUCCAUGUGCACUUUCUGGCUAGUGGAAGCACUUACCCGUGCCGGAGCCUACGACAAAAAGUACCUCAUCAAGGCCAUCAACAUUUUCGAAAACAUGUUGAGUUUCUCGAAUCAUUUGAACAUGUUCUCGGAAGAGAUUGCUAGGAGUGGAGAGCAGCUUGGAAAUACUCCUCAGGCUUUCUCGCAUUUGGCGUUGGUUAGUGCUGCGUUCAAUCUUGAUCGCGUGACUGGUGGCAGUGGUGGUAUGUAA